GAAGUGACGCCCUGCAGCGACGCCCUGCAGCGACUCCGGCGCUCUGCCGCCUUCGCCUCAGUCGUCGCUUCUUCCGCGGCGUCCUGCGUGCUGCGCCCUCGGCUCCCCGGCCCCGGAGCCUCGGCCGCUCGGAGCCCCGGAGCCUCGGCCGCUCGGAGCCCCGGAGCCUCGGCCGCUCGGCGGACGGCGGGCGGGCGCCCUGUCGGCGCGGGCGCGGGGGAGCGGGCGGGCAGGCUCGGAGGCCAUGGCGGCCUCAGCGGCCUCGCACCGGCCCAUCAAGGGGAUCCUGAAGAACAAGGGCGUCACCGACGGCCCCGACGGCCUGGCCGCGCCCGCCGCCGGCUCCUCGGCCGCGCCCGCCGCCGGCUCCGCGCCCAGCGACGAGGACUUGGGUAAAAAAUCCCAGAAGUGGGAUGAGAUGAAUAUCCUCGCCACCUAUCAUCCAGCAGACAAAGAUUAUGGCCUAAUGAAAAUAGAUGAGCCCAGCACUCCCUACCACAGUAUGAUUGGGGACAAUGAUGAUGACGCCCUGAGUGACUCAGAAACGAACGAAACCCUGACCCCAGAAGUCCUAGCCCGCAAGUUAUCGGCUGCUGAAGGCUCUGAGCCAAAGUUUCUCGUUCGCGAUGAAGAAAGUAGUGAAGAGGAAGAAGACCUGACACCUGAAGAACAAGAAAAAAGGCGUCAGUUUGAAAUGAAGAGAAAACUUCACUACAACGAAGGCCUCAAUAUUAAGCUGGCCAGGCAGCUCAUUUCCAAAGAACUUCGGGGGGACACAGAGGAUGAGGAGGAAGACGAGAUGCGAGCUGGUAAGAGCAACGAGUGCCAGAGGCAAUCAGAUGUUCCCUAGAAGAGGGCAGGCUAGCGGCUCCAGACCUCCACUCCUUCACUGCUUCACGUUCUCUGCACUUCACGACUCAGGUGUCGAAAUGAAUAUCAUGGUAACAUGAGAGAGACUGCUGGAUGGCGCAGAAAUGGCAGAGGAGAAGACCUUACGCCUAGUACUUGCCUAAGAAGACUCAUGUUAGCCUCAGCAUUUCCAAAUGGCCUCCUUUCCUAAGAACACUGGUUAGUCUGUCUAGGGUUUUAUCACUUUUGUGUGCUUUCAAAGUUAAACAGUAGCUUUUUGUUGUUAAUUUAUUUGCUACAAUUCAAGAGGUGGUGUAUCACUCAUAAAUUCUGUAAAAAUCUACGUGAUAGAGCAAAUAACAGGUUGAUAAAAUCUCUCCUGAUUAAGGAUAUUAAUCUCGCUUUUUUCUUUUUUUUUUUUUUGAAAAAGGGAUUAUUUUAUCAAAAGCUCUUCUGUAGCUUUGCCCAGUCUAGCAACUUUUAAAUUCUUCGAUUUUUCCUUUGGCCCUGGAGAGGAAAGCCCAGCAUUGUUGGUCUGUUCAAAAGUAGCUGUUUUCACAGAAGUGUUUUGAGGUUCAGUUUGCACUAACCCCAUGCCUCCUACCCUCUUCUUGUACACUAGAUGGGCAGGCUUGAAAUCUCCUUUUUGGAGUGGACACAACUCGGCGAUCUUCCGGCCCCUUCCGUGCCAGCCCCUGUAACAGCCCAUGGCAUACAUAUAUUUGGCAGGCCCUUGAGAUUACAUUUUCAUUAUAGUAAGAACUGACUACUCAAAGAUUCACCAUUACUGGAAGUUCUGUGUUACCAUAGUGAUUGAUGGGGCUUUCUGGUCUACCUGGGCAACAGGUGGAGUUGUCUUCAGUCAUGACAAGUCUUCACAAGAAGUGAACUCAAGAGUUUACUACCUGAAGAAGUUGUGUUCUUCCCUCACUUUAGGGAAUUUUCAGCCCAUCAAUUGAACUGCUGUUUGAGGUUUUUUCUUUGCUCCAAGAAAAUCCAAACUGCAUUUCUUUGCAUGGCUAGGAGAGGGUUGUAUAAUGUGAUCUGGUAUAAUUCCCAAACUGUGCUGUCUUAAUAUGAGACUAAUGUCAGUAGGGCCUGCUUCAAGAGUCCCACUAAGGCCAAACGUGCUCUAAUCUUCUAGGGUCAAAAUACGUGAGUUUUCUCCAAAGUAGAGGGUAAAUCUAGUGUGGUUUUUGGCCUAAUGACAGCUUAAUUUGUAGUCAGAUACCUAUAGGUUAAAUCUGAUCCUUUUGAAAACAGAUUUUCCAUUAUAUGGAUGUACUUUUAAAUUUUUUUGUGUAUCUUGUAUAUAUGAAACAACUCUUUAUUGAGCACAUUGACUUUUGCCACAUGCGAAUAUUGAAACAUCAGUGUGUGAGUAAAUAAAGGUGAUUGGAAGAACAUGGUACUUCUUUUAAACGUUUUAUGAAACAGAAGUAUUUUUUUACAGUGAGAAUCUGGACAAGACCUUUGGAGCUACAGUGGCUGUAUCCCAACCAAAGGAAGUCUUGCUGGGAUACCUUCCUUCUGCUAUUACCUUCUUUCUUUUUAAUAGUGGUGUUGCCCUUUUUAAAAGCAUUCUAGCCCCGUGCGGAAGAGCUGAAGGAGUGCCACAGUGAGAUCCCUAUCCUUUAUCUCUUUUAUGUUCUUAAGAAAGAUUUUUGGGGGAUUGGUUUUUGAAAAUAUGCAGGUUCAUAUAGAUGUGAAAACAGCUGCUCUUUCAAGACCUGAUGUAAAGAAAGUUCUUGGGGCUAAAGUAAUAAAUGACACUUGACUGUUUUUUAACAAGGCUGGAAUUCUUUCUCAAAAGCAACAGGUCUAAAAAGUUAAUUGGAAAAUUACUUUUUAUUCUUACCCCUGUCUUUCAGAUUUAGGCAGGCAGAAAAACUUUAUCUGUAAAACAAUACAGAAGACAUCUAUUACUUGGAAUGCGUAUAGUUAAAAUCUUAUUAAAUAUGUCGUGACAAAAGCUUGGCCACGUAUUUUCAUGAAGGGACAUAUUCGUAAAGUCUUUGCUGGGUUGCUCACAAGUUGCUAUCACAAAGUUAGCGUCUGAAAAAAAAAUACCCUAUUGUAAAUGUACAGAAACAAAUGGCUAAAUAAAAUUUGAAAGACUUCUAA